UGGAAAGUUUUUGUGGUCACAUUUGAAGUGAGGGCCGGAUUAACUCGGUGAACGUCCCACACCUGGCCAAUUUUUGGCAUCAUAUCAAAAUGGAAAACCUUGAUAGCUCAUGUGUCCUAUGCACAUUGCUAGUCAUUGUUAUUUUGUACAUCAGUGUACAAAUAUUUAGACUACUAGUUGCAGAUUGUGACCUUAGUCUUCAGUGGGCUACAAGACUUGGACGGGGAAUUGGUCGCCUGCGUGGUAAGGUUGUGUGGAUCACAGGAGCCUCCAGUGGAAUUGGAGAGCAUCUGUCUUAUGAAUUGGCUGCAGCUGGAUGCAGGCUUGUACUCUCUGCUAGGCGCAAAGAUGAACUGGAGAGAGUGAAAAAACAGUGCCAAGUCAGUGGUCCAUUGAAACCAGAAGAUAUUCUUGUUUUGCCUUUGGAUGUUCUGAAGUACAACACUCAUAGCGAUGCAACUGAAACGGUGUUAAAAUACUUUGGUCAGAUUGAUGUCCUUGUGAACAAUGCUGGCAGAACGCAGCGAGCAGUUUGGGAAGAAACAGAUUUGGAGGUUGAUCGGGAUAUGUUAGAUCUGAAUGUUCUUGGGGUUCUUUCUCUUACUAAGGCUGUCCUCCCUCACAUGAUUAAUACCAGUGGAGGCCAUGUGGUGGUCAUGAGUAGUGUGGCAGGAAAAGUGGGUGUGCCUAUGUCUGGAUCAUACUGUGGUGCAAAGUUUGCUCUUCAUGGCUGGUUUGACUCAUUGCGGAGUGAAGGCUAUGAAAAGAACAUCAAAGUGACGCUUUUGUGUCCGGGACCCGUAUUUUCGGGAAUCCUCAAGGCUGCUAUGACUAGUAAACAUGGUGAGAACUAUGGGAUAGACAUGAAGUCAGAUGAGAAGAGAAUGUCAACACGACGUUGUGCAUAUCUGUCAGCGGUAGCAAUUGCUAAUGAGCUGGAUGAAGUUUGGAUUGCACUCCAUCCCGUGCUUGGAUUGACUUACUUGCACCAGUACAUGCCAGCAAUUUCUAAAUGGCUGAUGAAGGGAUUUGGCAUGAAAAAAAUUAAAGAACUGAGAGAGGGCCGAUGAUUUGCUCAAGCCAAGUGGCCUGUCGUCAAAUAAAGCCUUGUAUCAUCGAAGUUUUAUUUCUACCAUAUUAUCAGUUAGCAAGUAUUAAAUGGAGAAGUCAUUUAUUUAACUACGUGUUAGGGCCAGGGUUUUACUAAUCAAAAACUAAUAAAAAAUUGAGUGUUUGUAUAGACAAUAUUUUACAGACCUACUUUCUCAGGUUAAACUUUAUACAUUCCAUGCAUACUUAUAUUCCCAUAACAAUUCAUCCAGAGUCAAAAAAGAUGGAUUCAUGAACAGAUACGAGAUAGGCUAUGCAGUGGUUGGACUGAUGGCACAUCCCCUAGGCCAAAUAAUACUUUGGUCAGCAUGACUGACCAUUACCGAUGUAUCUAGUGUCAUAAGCUCUUGUGAACAAAAUGCCUUCAUGACCGAGGGGUUAAAUUUCGAUGAGAAAGCCUGCUUCAGUUCUCUCACCAAUGCCAUUGCUUCAUGCUAGUCGAAUGUGGAAGGGCCUGACAGCAAACUGCAGAUAGUCGUGGGUUUCGCACGAACAUCAUAAUGUUGGCCGCCGUCGUAUAUGGGAAAUAUUCUUGAGUACGGCGUAAAACACCAGUCAAAUAUGUAAUUGCUAUUUUUUUCUGUUGUCCAAUUCUAAGUAAAGAUUUUUAAUAACUUUAAGUUUAUAAUAUGUAUGUCAGUAUUGUUGAAGUAUUAUACAUGUUCAUUGCUUAUGUGUGUCUUUUACAUGAUGAUAUGAUAACGUUCUUGUGUAAGGUACACUAAAUGCAAUCGGUGGCUGCAACAAAUCUCUUGAACGAUGUAUGAAUAAAAGUAUAUUCUAAAAAUGUACAUUCAAGGGUCAUUAAUAAAGGAUAUUACAUUGUAACUGUUUUCAUAGUUUAUGUGGAUAUGGCAUAUGUGUGUUAUUAUUUCCAAAUUGAUACAGAUGGUUAUAUCGCCUUAUAUUGCAUAAGUUCAUUUUUAUCGUAUGGCAAUGGUAAAUGUGUUCAGCGGAUAUGUACCGUUUAAUGUCCCAUGAAAUCGUGUUAAAUGUAUUUGUUACAAAGGUAGAUAAAUAUUUAAGUACAUAAUCACAAUUUACUUUACUAAUAAAUGUUGAUAUGGAAAUUUGAGACAAAAAAUUAAAAUUAAGCCACCUGCUUC